UGACAAAUGACUUGAAGUUGAAACUUCAAAAGUUCAAAAUAAAGGCUAUUUUAUUUAAUUUUACCACUUAAUUAAAUUAUGUAAAAGCAUAGGUUUUGGAAAGUUAUAGAAUCCCAUAUUAAUAUUUAUAGUUAUAUUAUAUAAGCACUAAUUUAAAAUGUCUCCUAAGCGUGCAGCGGGAUUGGUUAUAUUUAGGAGUGUAAAUCAAGCAAUAGAAUUUUUGAUGUUACAAACUUCUUAUGGAGAACACCACUGGACCCCACCUAAGGGUCAUGUUGACCCUGGAGAAUCGGAUUGGGUAACAGCUCUGAGAGAGACGAAAGAAGAAGCUGGAUUGUCUGAAGAGGAUUUAGAAGUGUACAAAGAUGUGACAAAAGUAUUAAACUACAAUGUCAACAACAAACCUAAAGUGGUUGUGUACUGGCUGGCAAAGUUGAAGAAUCCAGAGACUAAAGUACAACUGUCAGAUGAACACCAGGAUCUAAAAUGGCUGCCAUUAAGGGAGGCACAGGACAUAGCUGGUUAUGAAGACAUGAAGGAGUUAUUACUUGAAUUUAAUGAGAAAGCCAAAGAUUUGUCUUGUUGAUACAGCAAAUAUACUUUGGUUAUGUAAACGGGAGUUCACAUUCUAAAGUUGAUAUUAAUAAGCUAUAAUUAGUGCAAUAUGAACUGAAAGAUUUAUAGAAUAAAGAUUAAAUUUAAACAUC